CCACCAUUCUUCUUUCAUAAAAAUAUCUCUCUCCCCCUCUCUCUUUCUUUUAACUUUGUCUUUUCUUUCCGUUUUCUUUUAUGAGCAGGGAGACUCGAUCUGUUCAAUGAUUUUGUCUGCAGAUCAAGGCUGAGGUUCUACGCUUAAAGAGGAUUAAAAUAGCUCCAAACCCAUCACUCAUCCACUUAGAAAGAAAACCAAUGAUUUAACUGCAUUUUGUUGCCCCAAUAUAUGUUUUUUAGCUGAUUGAUUCUCUUCCCUGUUCCCCUUCUUGCGGCUUUGGCUCUGCCCCCCAAUAACUUUUUCAAGAAUCCCUUCUUGGGCUCUGAGCAUUUCUUUAAUCUCUCUCUCUCUCUCUCUCUCUAACAUGUGGGGCUUUUAUACUUCUGCCGCCUAGGCUGAGAGUUUUGAUCUUUGGCCAUGAUUGUUUGGUGGUUGUUUUGGGAGCUUGCCAUUGUAUUACAAGUACAAGAGGGUACAGAUUUUAUGCUCUUUUAAAGUUGUCCCUCUUUACUGUCAACUUGUCCGUGUAGGGUGUAAACAGAGCUCUUCAAUGCCUUUAUCUGUGAAUCCUUAUCCAUUUUGGUUGCUGUGAAAGGGUUGAUGGGUGCUUCCUGUUGGUGAAAUAGAAAAAUGGAAUCUGGAAAUGGGUUUUACUCGAUUGAUGAGUUUAGGUUGGAUGCCAAGUGGCUGAUUGACCCCAAAUUCCUCUUUGUUGGGCCAAGGAUUGGAGAGGGAGCUCAUGCCAAAGUAUUCGAGGGAAAAUACAAGAAUCAGAGUGUUGCCAUUAAAAUUGUACAAAGAGGAGACACCCCAGAGGAAAUAACAAAGCGAGAAUCCCGCUUUGCUAGGGAGGUUGCUAUGUUGUCUAGAGUUCAACAUAAGAACUUAGCAAAGUUUAUAGGUGCUUGUAAAGACCCUGUAAUGGUGAUAGUCACUGAGCUCUUGUUAGGGGGAACACUACGCAAGUAUCUGCUCAAUAUGCGUCCAGGGUGCUUGGAUAGAAGCGUUGCAGUUGGCUUUGCGCUCGACAUAGCUCGAGCAGUUGAGUGCUUGCACUCUCAUGGGAUCAUACACCGUGAUCUGAAACCUGAGAACUUGAUCCUGACUGCAGAUCAGAAAACCGUCAAACUCGUAGAUUUUGGUUUAGCAAGAGAAGAAUCAUUGACAGAGAUGAUGACUGCUGAAACCGGGACAUAUCGUUGGAUGGCUCCAGAGUUGUACAGCACUGUUACCUUGAGGCAUGGAGAGAAGAAGCAUUACAACCAUAAAGUAGAUGCGUAUAGCUUUGCCAUCGUGCUUUGGGAGCUCAUACACAACAAGUUGCCAUUCGAAGGCAUGUCGAAUCUGCAGGCUGCAUAUGCAGCUGCGUUUAAGGUGAUUGAUUGUCUUCGUUAUCGAAAUCCUAGUAUUCCCAUAUUGAUCUGUCUGUCUGUACAAGUUCAACCGGGUAUUGACAUGAUCGAUGUCUUUGCCUUUCAGAACGUACGCCCCAGCUUGGAAAACCUCCCAGAAGAAUUGGCUAGAAUUUUGGAUUCAUGUUGGAAGGAGGAUCCUAAUACUCGGCCCAACUUCAGUCAAAUAAUACAGAUGCUCCUAAAUUACCUUUCUUCAGUCUCUCCUCCUGAACCCAUGAUCCCCCCGCCCAUUUUCAUUUCUAAGAACACUGUCUUGGCACCGGAAUCUCCAGGCACGAGCUCUUUGAUUGCAGUACACAACAGCUCGGGUGAAACCCCCAGAGGGGAUAUUAUGGAAAACAAGCGGAAAGGCUGCUUCUUCUGCUUCAGCCAAUGCUAUUAACCUUCCAGCAAGAAAAGCUCAGAUCAGCUCCAUCCUUGGAAAGGGGUACAAAUUUGCUUGCUUGUGUUAACAUGGAAAAUGCAAAAUCUAUCAUCUUCUUUUGAUGCUUCACUUCCUUUACUCAGUUUUAGGGAUCUUCAGUGCUGGCCUCCUAGCUAAAUACCAGAAUUAGCUAUUUGCAGAUGGGAUUAGAUUGGCCUACUUCUGUUGGUUUCUUGUAAAUACACACAUAAAUGAAUAAAAACUAACUGUUUUCUGGA